CAGCCCGUACACACCCCAAUGCACCGUGUCUCGGGACACCCCACAGUCAGCCGCAUGGCUUCCCGGUGUCCCAGGCUCUGGAUCCCUCUGUUGAUCCCGGCCCCAGGCCCUGCACUGCAACUGCUUCUGUUACUGCUGCUCCGGGGCCUGCCCCAGACCCAGGGGGCUCCCCCCAUGACAGGAGACCCCUCUGGAGAAGAGCCCCUGAGUAAGGAGGACCUGCACAAUGAAGAGGCACUGCCCGGAGCAGAAGGUUCACCGGGAGAAGAGCAUGUUCUAGUAGAGGAUCUCCUGACUCCUGAGGCUCCCCAGGACCCCCCAAAUAAUGCCCACGAGAAUCACAAAGGAAACGACCAAAGUCACUGGCGCUAUGGAGGCGACCCGCCCUGGCCCCAGGUGUCCCCACACUGCGCAGGCCGCUUCCAAUCACCCGUAAAUAUCCACCCGGAGCACGCCGCCUUCAGCCCAGCGCUGCAACCCAUCAAACUCCUGGGCUUUGAGCUCCCGCCACUCCCGGAACUGAGCCUGCGCAACAAUGGCCACACGGUGAAGCUGACUUUACCUCCCGGACUGCAGAUGGCCCUGGGUCCCGGGAGGGAGUACCGAGCCCUGCAGUUGCACCUACACUGGGGGACCUCUGAUCGCCCAGGCUCAGAGCACACAGUUGACGGCCACCGUUUCCCCGCUGAGAUCCACGUGGUUCACCUCAGCACUGCUUUUGACAAAGUUGAAGAGGCCUUGGGGCGUCCGGGAGGCCUGGCUGUGUUGGCUGCCUUUCUGCAGGAAGGUCCAGAAGAAAACAGCGCCUAUGAAGUGUUGCUGUCCCAUUUGUCAAGCAUCAGUGAGGAAGACUCAGAGACUCUGAUCCCAGGACUGGAUGUAUCCAACCUGCUGCCCUCUGACCUUAGAAACUACUUCCGGUAUGAAGGCUCUCUGACCACCCCACCCUGUGCCCAGGGGGUCAUCUGGACUGUGUUCAACCAGACAGUGAGGCUGAGCGCUAAGCAGCUCCACACCCUCUCUUCCUCCCUGUGGGGACCUGAAGACUCACGGCUGCAGCUGAAUUUCCGAACCACACAGCCUCUGAAUGGACGCAUCAUCGAGGCCUCCUUCUCUGCCUCUGCAGGCAGCCGUGCUCUGGACAGCAGCCCUCGGAGCAUUGAGUCAGCUCACCUGAACUCCUGCUUUGCCACUGGUGACAUCCUGGCCUUGGUGUUUGGCCUCCUCUUUGCUGUCACAGGCAUUGCCUGCCUUGUGCUGAUGCGAAAGUUGCUCAGACGCCAGAGUGGGACCAAAGGGAACAUCAAUUACCAUCCUGCGGCUUCCACCGAGGCCGAGACUGUCACCUAGAGGCUGGCGCCCACCCUGAGCAGCCCAAAGAAGCGGCGGGGCAGCUGGAGACCUGAGCCCCCUGCAUCUGUGCCG